UGCUUCCGGUCAUAACUGAAAAUAGAGUACAUCUUGAGAGUACUUCAUUUAUUCCAUUUGAUUUGGAAGUCUCAGUUUUCAAUGUGAAAAGGCUAUUUUUGCUUGCUUGGAGAUGUAUGACGUUACUAUACCACCACUAUAGAUGCCUUCCAAUAGCCUAACGGUUCAGCUAUAAAAAUUAGUAUUCUCCCAUGCGAACUGUACUGGGAAUGAAAACAUUUGUUGCUCUAUUUACAUUUACUUCGCUUUUUCGUCCGGUUCUCAGUUAGCGUCAAAUAUGAUGAAACUACUUCGAUGUAUUUUACUUGUUAACUCAACUUUUACAUAGUUUUAUCACCAUUUUUGAGGUGUUCAGAAAACUUAUCGUGUCGUGCUUUUCAUAUCAUUUCCUUUUAAUUUAUAUUCUCAAAUAGACUAUUUGUGAAUUAGAUUAGAUGAAAUUGAAAGUAUAUUCUUUCUUUUGUUUUUUAAAAAAAUUAAAAACCAUUCUCAAAAGGAUCCUUAUUAUCCCUAUUAGAUGAAAUAUGGUCACAAUUGUAACUCAGUCUAUACAUUUUUUUUCAGGUUAUGCAAUGGAUCCCAAGAGCAUCCCACGUGUUCCUUAAUAGUCUCGUUAUUAUUUCAUUCUUCAAGUUUAACCCGUGACAUCGAUGCAAUAACCGAAAAGCUUGAUUCCAUUUUAUCUACUUAUAUUUUUGCGAUUCAAUGAGUCUCAACAGAUGAAAUGGGACGAUGAUAAUUUGGAGGACGUGAAAUUAUUACUGGUCGACGAUCAGAAGUCUAGCAAUAAAUCAACCUCAUAUCAUAGCUCCGUCGAUUUCAAUAAAUCUGACGAUUCUCAACCUUUAAUUUCAAAUCAAGGUCAACAUAACGGAGUUGUGAACGAACCGAGGCGGAGAAGUUACACCGGUAGCGUGUCGGCUAGCUUUGCCGAUUUCUUUCGGUUCCCACGUGGUGACGACCAGAUUCCAAACCCUGGUAGUCCAAGUCAAGGUGCCAACAGGGUAUCGGAUAGCGGGAAUCGUAUAGGUGCCAAAAAUUUAGAAUCUUCGCAAUUGAAUGGUUCAGGGAACACAAGUAGUUCAGAUCAGUUUGUACCUCCUUGGAAUCGUGGCGAGACAUCGAAGUUUCUGACCGCGACUGGAGGUACCUGGAAACGUCUAGUAUCUUCGGAUAGAAGAGGCAAACAUAGUAAAUCUAAAAUGUCGGAAAAUUCAUCUCCUUCGAUGAUGGAUUCCAAAUCAACGCCCAAUGGAUCUUCCCGUAAACAAAACUUAGAGUGGUCAAAGUUUGGCCUGGGUGAGAAAACCAGCACGCCAUCAUCUCAGAGACUCCUAGGCGGAAACAAGUCGCCCUCGACAACGGCACCAGAUGAAAGUAGUCCCAACGUCAGCUCAGGAACAUCUAAUGUUAAAGAGUUGUUCCACGAGCAGGAUGACCAGACGUACAGCAAGCCCUGGUGGAAAGCUAACUUCUUCAUCACGGAGCCUGUGCUAUUCGGAACGUGGGAUGGAGUGUUCACGUCCACUAUGAUGAACAUAUUCGGAGUGAUCGUCUUUCUCAGAACAGGUUGGAUGGUGGCGAAUGCGGGCGUGGGUCUGUCGUUUCUGAUCAUCCUGAUAGCUGUGAGUGUGGCCACCAUCACCCUCCUCUCCGCCGUGGGAGUGUGUGAGAGACUCCAUCUAGACGCAGGCGGCAUCUACUUCCUACUAUCUCACAUCCUAGGUGCCAAACUGGGUUCGACUAUUGGUAUAGUGUAUGCAUUCGCACAGGCAGUGGGCGUGGCUCUCUACUGCACUGGCUUCGCAGAGUCCAUCGCCCUCUUUCUGGUCAUCACGAACCAGUGGCUGAUGAAACUAAUCGCAAUCGUCACUCUAGUCAUUCUAAUUGCAAUCAACGUGGCAGGAGUGAAGUGGGUGGUGAAGGUGCAGUUGCUCCUUCUCCUCAUCCUCGCAGUGUCCGCCAUGGAUUUCAUCGUCGGCUCAUUUCUAUCCACAGAUGAAGAUGAAGGAGUUGUGGGAUAUCACGUGGGGUUGCUGGGGGAGAACUUCAAGCCAGCUUUCGAUGAGGACUACGGGUUCUUCACAGUAUUUGGAGUGUUCUUCUCCACUGUGACGGGAGUGAUGGCGGGCAUUAACAUGUCGGGCGAUCUGAGAAACCCGAGCGAGAAUAUUCCCGACGGAACCUUCUCGGCUAUAGGCGUUAGCACUUUUCUCUACUUGACACACGCUUUCAUCCUCGGCUACACAUGCUUGCGGGACUCCCUCCGAACCGACAGUCUCAUCCAGGAAAAAGUGGCACUGAUCGGUUUCGUUUGGGUAAUGGGACUCUUCAUCUCAUCACUGUCGAGUUCCCUCGGAGGACUGUACGGAGCUCCUAGGAUCCUCCAAUGUAUUACAGUAGAGAAGAACUUCCCGAUUCUGUCAUUCCUGGCGAUGGGAAGGGGUCCCAACCGGGAACCCUUCUACGCGACCCUCUUCAUAGGGCUGAUCUCUCUUAUUUUCAUCCUAGUUGGCCAAAUAAAUUUUCUAGGAACUGUAGUCACUCUACCAUUUUUGCUGACUUAUGCGUAUAUCAACUUCGCAUAUUUCUCAAUCGCAAUGUCAUACGACAAAAUGAUGAAGAUCUCAAAAUACAGGGAUGGAGACGAGAAGUAUCCAGGAGAAACAGCACCCUUAUCGACACGUAGUGGUACACAGACGCCGACAGAUAUCCGGUCCAAAACCCCUCCCCCUUAUCAACACGGGGGCAAUGCUCACGACGCGCCACCUGCAUACGGGUCUGUUUUGGACGGGGAGAAAAAGGACGACUCUUGUCCGGAUUCGCCAGCAAAAUACCUGAGCAAUAUUAGCCGGAAAAGUAAUUUGGACGAUGAAUCGACUUAUAUAUCAGCAACAGUAGAUAUGCCGCCUAGAAAGAAACACAAAAGGUGGUACAUGUAUCUGUGCAAUAGAUGGCUAUCUCUAUUCAACUGUGGAGUUUGUCUAUUUCUGAUGUUCUUAACCAACUGGCUUUUGGCUCUCAUCAUGAUCACUAUCACUCUCCUAAUCUACGUGUACAUCGGCCAAGCGAAUCCAGGAGUGUAUCCAGGGGUCUCAAAUUUCCACUUUUUCCACUGGCUGCAUUCAGUAGUAGCUUCUUGUUUCGGAUUCAAAAGCAACAAAGAUGAAUACGACCAGAUGGUCAUUUCACCGCCAAUGGAGAAGCCGGAUUUUGCUACGAGUCAAUUGACAGAGGAAAAUGAUGAUUUCUCAUCGAGGGGCAAGUAUCACCAGUCGACCAAAAUCAAAAACGAAACAUCGGAAUCUUUUGGACAGUAUUGAAAUUAGCCGAUAGAUUAACUGGCAGAAAGUGUUUAUGCACGAUGGGUUAUUUUGGACAUCGAUGUAACUAUUUUAGAAUUGAGUCUAGAAAAUCAGAUCAACUGCAUGACUUAGAAUAUUCAUAGAAGUGAGUCUUUACAAAUCAGAUAAAAGCUGCCAUUCUCUAUUUUUCUGCAUCCGAAAUAAUUGAAUCGAGGGCUCUGCGUAUCCGACAAAGUGACGUCACUAACAAUACCGAUUCUGCACUAUCAGGGACAAAUGAGCGUUGCUAUUAAGAUUUAAUGUAUAUUUUGGUUAUAUUAAAUGACUUGCAAUAAUUAUAAUAAUCUUGAUGCAUGCUUUUAAAGAUGCUUUGCCUUCCCAUAAAAUUGGUCACAUCAAUUUAAGAUUUUUCAAAGCAAAAUAGCCAAGAUUUUGAUGCUUUCAGUGUUUUGAACCAACUUUAAACUUAGAAGAAAUUUCUUGGAAUAACUCCAUGCAAUCAUAAAGGGUAAAUGUUGCUGUGGAACUUUUUGGCUUUUUGUUCAUUGAAUGAUUAGUUAAAUGAUUAUAUCAUGAAAAGUUGCUGAAUGUGUGAACUACCUAACUGUGCUCGUCCGUUUGUAUAUAAAUUUAGCAAUUCGAUGAAAUGAGAAUAAGUCUUCAUCCAGUUAUUUAAGAUGUGAAUUUUGGUGCUUUCUAUUUGAAAUUCUAUUUAAUUUGAAAAUAGAUUCAAUUUAUUUAGAUAUCCUCUAGCAUGCUGAUAGAAAAUGUCAAUCUGAGUUGUUGAGUUCAGACGAUGUCAUAACAUUGAAUGUUCCAAAGAAGGUUGCCAUGAUUUUUAGAAGAAUAAUAAUC